GCAACAAAAGCCUCCCGUGACGUGAACGCAGCGGCGUGUCGGCCGCUUGUCGAUCUCACCACACCGGCGGCGCUAUACAUACAGCAGCAGCAAGCGAACCCGGGCGGCGUGUCCGGGAGACUAGAGACGACGACGGCCUCGGCAGUGGGAUGGCGGCGGAGGUCCCGGUGAUAGACCUGCGCCUCGCCGGCGCGGCGCCGGAGGAAGCCGCGCGCCUGCGGGCCGCGUGCGAGCGGCUGGGCUGCUUCCGCGUGACCGGCCACGGCGUGCCGCGGGGGCUCCUGGCCGAGAUGAAGGUCGCCGUGCGCGCGCUCUUCGACCUCCCCGACGACGCCAAGCGCCGCAACACCGACGUCAUCCCCGGCAGCGGGUACGUCCCGCCCAGCGCCACCAACCCGCUCUACGAGGCCUUCGGGCUCCUCGACGCCGCCGCGCCCGCCGACGUCGACGCCUUCUGCGCGCGCCUCGACGCGCCGCCGCACGUCAGGGAGACCGUUAAGGCCUACGCGGAGAAGAUGCACGACGUGAUCGUCGGCGUCGCCGGCGUGCUGGCCUCGAGCCUGGGGCUGGAGGAGCACUCGUUCAGGGACUGGCCGUGCCAGUUCCGGAUCAACAGGUACAACUACACGCAGGGCACGGUGGGCUCCUCCGGCGUGCAGAUCCACACGGACUCGAGCUUCCUCACCGUGCUCCAGGAGGACGAGUGCGUCGGCGGCCUCGAGGUGUCGGACCCGGCCACCGGCGAGUUCGUGCCGGUGGACCCUGUCGCCGGCUCCUUCCUCAUCAACAUCGGGGACAUCGGCACGGUGUGGAGCAACGGGAGGCUGCACAACGUCAAGCACCGGGUGCGGUGCGUCGCGCCGGUGCCGCGCAUCUCCAUCGCCAUGUUCCUGCUCGGGCCCAAGGACGGCCGCGUGAGCGCGCCGGAGCCGUUCGUGGAUGCGGACCACCCGCGCCGGUACAAGGAGUUCAACUACGGCGACUACCGGGGCCUCCGGCUGUCCACCGGCGAGCACGCCGGCGAGGCGCUCGCACGGUUGGAGGCGUAACGUGGCCGCGUGGUGCAGCGGCUGAUCCGGAGCGUUAAUUUGGGGCGAACGAUGACUUUGAGGCUUUGAGCUAUGUGAAUUGCGAUGAAUUGCUAGCUAUUCAAUUCCGAUCAAUAAUUUUUUUCGGUCCGUCUAUGCC